AUGAAAAGAAAUGAACUCAUCCUUAAUUUUAUAGACAAUUUAUCAGGCAAUAUUGAAUAUAGCCUACAGCAAUAUGCGGCUAUAACUCAAGCACAACUACUGAAUACGACGCCUUUAAGGCAACCCAGAACUGUUGCACCCUCUCAAGACAUAUCUAUGGAGGAUCCAACGGCAUUCCAUCUAGCCUAUUCAUCUUUUCCUCUGAUUCGUAUGGCUCCUCCUCAAUUACAUCAACCCACACUGGCAACAAAAGAAUUAACUCAAUCACCUGUCAAUAAGACUGACGAGGAUGCUCAUGAUAAGUCAAAAGCACCUGUUCGUGUGACUCGACCACCCAAUGCUUAUUUACUCUUUAACAAAGAAAUGCGAAAGAUACUCAAAGAUCAAGAUCCUACCAUGAAAGUAGCUGAUAUCAGUAAAGAAGUUGGUUUUCGAUGGAAAACCAUGCCCAAGGAACAAAAAGAUCAAUAUGUGAUUCAAGCCAAUAAGCUUAAAGAGGAACAAAAAGCACUUCACCCGAAUGCCAUGUAUAUGCGUCGAUCAAGAGCCGAACUUGUCAAGGCAGGUCAUGUCACGAAAGGCUCUUCCAAAGAUCAACCCAAGCGUAAACGCCCUAAGCGUGACAAGAACUCAAGCACGCCCAAACACCCCUUGAGUGCUUAUAUGUGGUAUUUAACAGAAGUAAGACCAGAAACGAUGCGUAAUUAUCCCGGUUCGAAUGUGGGACAGAUUAGCAAAUUAUGUGCUGAUCGUUGGAACAAUAUGACAGAAGAAGAUCGUUUGCCAUGGAAGACAAAGGCGCAAGUGGAUAAGGAGCGAUAUGCUCGUGAGAUGCAAAUCUAUGCUAUUCAAAAUGACCAUGCUUUAGGACGUGGUACUCGACAGAAAUACCGUGCAGCUGCAUUAAAGCAUGAACUCUCGUCUUUUAUGGAUCCUUUCUGUAAGACAAUACAACCUCAAUCUUCAUUGCAACCUUCUUUAUUGAUAAAUGCGCAACCAUUAUCUCCUUCCAACUCCAUGUUGUUGCCCAUGAAUCAUACGCCACGUACAUUAAACACACUCCUUCCUUCUGAUCCAUUUGUGAAUAACAAUUGCUGA